GUAUGCAUCACAUCUCAAACUGACAAGCGCUUGCGGCUUCACUCUAUUUUUACUGAACAGAUACAAGAUGGCUUGGUUGUUGCCGUUGUUGGCAUCCAUGUCUGCCUUCAUCGUUUUGGGCAAUGCACAGAAGGUUCCUGUUGGUGCCAAGGAGACCUGCUUGUGUGUACAGGGGGAUUGUCCUGACACCUGGUUCCAGUACAGAGGUGCCUGUUAUAAACCAGUGAUGACCAAAAUGACAUGGCCCAAUGCAGAGGCCCACUGCCAAGAUCAUUUCAAUGGAGCUCACCUGGCCUCUGUCCAUAGCCAAGAGGAAAAUCAGUUCAUUUUUACCUUGAUGGGAAAACCAAAUGAUUACAGAAAAGGGCAGGCAUACUGGAUCGGAGCCCACGACACAUUUAAGGAAGGCAAGUUUAUGUGGACUGAUGGCACAGAGAUGGCUUUCCGAAGAUUCGGUCAGGGCAAGCCUAGCAGCCUUCCUGGGGAGCACUACGUGGGUUCCUGUAUCCUUCAGAAUGGGGACGUUAUCUGGAAUGACUACUCAAUCUCCUCCAAUUUUCCCUUUAUAUGCAAGCAAGAGCUGAAUAAAAGUAGCAGAUGUUCCGUUGAACCACCAUGUGAAGGAUGCAACGUUCUCCAUGGGCCUUUGCAAACAGCUCACUAAAUUCAUAUCCUUUAACCUUCAGAGGAAUACACAGCAGGAUUCCACUCUCUUCCCUGGCAUUCAAGCAAAUCAAACAACAAGAAGUUUCUCCAAUAUCAUUCUUGAAUUCCCUGCUCUUUGGAUUUGCUGCUUUUUAAAUUGUUUAGCACAUUCAAAUAAAAUGUUUUACAAAAUAAAGCUGUUAUAUUUGUUAUCCUAA